UCAAUCUACAGCCAUGUCAGUCACUAUGUCCAAUCUGGCCGCCGUUGUCAAGGAAGCAAAGGACGAGGAGAUUCAAGUGCCCAAGUCCAAUGACUUUUUCGAAUCCAAGACAUUCCGUCUCCUCACACUAUUUCUCUAUAUGGGCGGCGUCAGCGGCAUGGGUCUAACUCUGGCCGUAUACUAUUUAUUCAUUUGGGACUCUCGCAUGCCGCCACUUCCCAUCUUCAAGCAUACCCAUCCAAUUGGCUAAGAGAACAAACAAAGUGAGAGAUAGAG